AUGUUGAUAGCGAUUAGUGGUUUGCAACGACAGCUUGUGCAAAUGCACGUGUCGGAUCUGAAAGCUGGUUUCAAAUGCGAUCGUCCCACUGUCCGACCGACCGUAAUCGCGAAUCUGAACACGUGUCACUUGAUCACUGUUCAUACUGACCAACGUAAACUUAUCAGGUCAAUUAACUUUCAUUUAUUUGCGAAUAUUUCUUUUGCAACUUAUUUUCAUUUUUUACUUCAUGCGUUGAUCUCAACGGUUGAGCCAGCCACAUGCCUUAUUUCAAUGAACGACGGGAUCGUUUUUGGCGCAGAUCAGUUCUACUAUGUUGAUAUGGAGACAAUAACGUCAAGACCGAUCGUUGUUGCUGGAUGUCCGUCAGAUUUUCCACUUGCUGCGGUCGCCAUUUCCGACCGAGAACUUCUGCUUGCCUAUCAUAAUUUCGGCGUAUUCACUGAUAUCAGUGGGAAUCGAACGAGACCGGAGAAUGUCGACUGGAAUCGAGCGCCGCUGGAAUUCGGU